AUGCCUCGGAUAGCCUCUAGUUCGUGGUUGUCUUACCCCUAUAGCCAAAUAAGCCUCCGCUCGCCUCACCACGCCUCCGCUCGCCUCGCCGCGCCGCAUCUCGGCUCACCUCCCCGCGCCUCCGCUCGCCUCGCCGCACCUCCCCUGCCAUCAGCGCGCCAGCACCCUCGUCUCGGUGCCCCUCCUCGCGCCUCCAAUCCCGCUGCCCUUCUCCCACCUGCCCAUCCCUUGCCCUCGCUUCCCUGCCCUUCCAUUCCCUCGUGUUACCUUCCCCUUUAUUUUUCCCGUCUGCUUCCCCUCAUUCCCCCCCCUCCUUCCCCUCAUUACCCUCCUUUUUCCCCUCACUUACCCCGCUGCCUCCCCUCGUUUCCCCCUCUACUCUCAUCGUUUCCCCCCCUUGUUCUACUCAUUCCCCCCCCUCCUUCCCCUAAUUUCCCUCCCAGCUUCCCCUCAUCUCUCCCCUGCUCCCCCUCAUAUCCCCCCUUGCUUCCCCUCAUAUCCCCCCCUGCUUCCCCUCAUAUCCCCCCCUGCUUCCCCUCAUAUCCCCCCCCUGCUUCCCCUCAUAUCCCCCCCUGCUUCCCCUCAUAUCCCCCUUCGCUUCCCCUCAUUUCCCCCCCUGCUUCCCCUCAUUUCCCCCCCGGCUUCCCCUCACCCCCCCCUCCCGGUUCCCCUCAUUUCCCCCGCUGUGGCCCCUCAUUUCCCUCCCUGCUACUCCUCUUUUCCCCCCCUGCUUCCCCUCAUUCCCCCCCCUGCUUCCCCUCAUUUCCCCCCCUGCUUUCCCUCUUUUCCCUCCCUACUUCCCCUCAUUUCCCUCCGUGCUUCCCCUCAUUUCCCCCUGCUUCCACUAAUAUCCACUCCUCCUUCCCCUCGUUUCCCCCUCUUCUUCCCCUCGUUUCAUCUUCCUAUCUCUCGCUUUCCCUCUCUCUCCUCUUCCCUAUCCUCCAUCUUCCUAAUGUCCUUCGUUCCCUCUCACCCUCUUCCUAUCUCCUCCUUUCCCUCACCCCCGCUCUUCCUAUCCCCUUUCCCUCUCAUCUCACAUCGUCCUAUCUCCCCCUUUCCCGUCCCCCCCUGCUUCCCUCUUCCCUAUCUCCCAUAUCUCCCCUGUUUGACUUUUCUCUU